GGUGAGUUGAGGUUUUCAAUUUUCAUUGCGUAACGCUCCUUCAUUUGACCCUACCUCGAACUAAUUCCCUCCAUCUUUGCUAAUCUUGCUAAAACCCUAUGAUGUUAGAAGUUCAAAAUCCAUACAGAUGUGUUCACUAAAUUAAAGUGAAGGGCGAGGCAAAAGGCUAAGAUGAGUGAUCAGAUGCCCUUCGCGCUCGAAAUUAGCGUAUGCUCCUACGUAAUCUAUUUUAUCUAAUCUUCCCUUCAACACGAAACUUUUGUCUCUUCCCUGUGAUGUCGAUGAAUGAAAGAAACGUGGACAAACAUCUUUGUUCACUUCACCGAAAAUAGCGAUGAACAGAUGCUCUCCAUUUAUUACCAGUCUUCAUAAUAACUUCAACAAGAAAGUCUUCUUCUUCAACUACUUCCUUACCAACUACAAUCCUCCUUUCAUUUCUAGCUUCCAUCAGUCUCGUCGAUUUUCUGGUAAGUUGAUCGACACUUUUCCAACUUGAUUUUUCAAUGAUAGCUUGUAUUGUCAUCCCUUUUCCCCCCUUUCCGUUUCUUACAUAAUUCUCUGAUUCUUGUACGUGUAAUCACUUCAAGUUUUAGGCUUUUUUGGAAUCGCUUCAGGUUGUAGAACAUCCAUGGAGGUUGUGAAAGAGAUUGCUAAUCAUGGAAGUAUUGCUCUGAAAGCCGAUGACAAGAGUUAUGCUUACCACCAUUUAAUUUCUUCUGCUUCAAAAAUAUCCCUUUUGUUAUCCAAUCAUGACCAAAAACUCGAUAAUAAUAAUAAGAGUCUAAAUGGUGCUAGAAUAGGUGUUGUGGCUAAACCUUGUGCUGAGUUUGUUGCUGGAGUACUUGCAAUAUGGUUAAAUGGAGGUGUAGCUGUUCCACUUGCACUCAGCUACCCUGAAGCUGAGUUGUUACAUGUCAUGACUGACUCGGAUGUGUCCAUGAUUUUGAGUACUGAAGAUCACAGUGAGCUUAUGCAAAAAGUUGCAGCUAAAACUGCUGCUCAAUUUUCUCUAAUACCAAAUGUUCCUACUAUGACUUCACAAGCAGUAGAUAAUGGUGUUGUACAUCAAAAAGAGAUUGUAUUUGCAAAUAACAUAAAAGAUGAUGAUCCAGCAUUGAUUUUGUAUACUAGUGGAACAACUGGGAAACCUAAAGGAGUUGUUCAUACACACAGUAGCAUUUUAGCACAGGUGAAAACAUUAUCAACAGCUUGGGAAUACACAUCAAGUGAUCGAUUUCUACAUUGUCUUCCAUUACACCAUGUUCAUGGGCUCUUCAAUGCACUAUUUGCUCCUCUUUAUGUGGGGUCCAUGGUUGAAUUUAUGCCAAAAUUUAGUGUGAGUGGUAUUUGGAAAAGAUGGCGUGAAUCUUACCCAAAAGAUGGGACUAAGCUUGAUGAUGCAAUUACUGUAUUUACAGGGGUUCCAACCAUGUAUACUAGGCUGAUACAAGGCUAUGAUGCAAUGGAUCCAGACUUACAAGCUGCUUCUGCAACAGCUGGAAGCCAACUGCGUCUAAUGAUGUGUGGCUCCUCAGCUCUACCCCUACCCGUAAUGCAAAGGUGGGAGACCAUCACAGGACAUCGAUUAUUAGAAAGAUAUGGCAUGACAGAGUUUGUGAUGGCACUUUCAAAUCCGUUAAAAGGAAUACGAAAAGGAGGCACUGUAGGCAAACCCUUUCCAGGAGUCGAGGUCAAGAUUCUUACAGAAGAUAAUGUUAAUGAUGGGGUUGGUGAGCUUUGUGUGAAAAGCCCUUCUUUGUUUAAGGAAUACUGGAAACGUCCGGAAGUAACUAAGGAAUCGUUUAUAGAAAGUGGCUUUUUUAAAACUGGUGAUGCUGUUAGAGUUGAUGAAGAUGGAUAUUAUGUCAUUUUGGGACGUACUAAUGCUGAUAUAAUGAAGGUUGGUGGAUACAAGUUGUCAGCAUUAGAAAUCGAGGCAAUUCUUUUAGAACAUCCAGCUAUUUCAGAAUGUUGCGUGUUGGGGUUACCAGAUAAUACUUAUGGAGAAGCAGUAACUGCAAUAAUUGUGCCAGAUAUGGAGAUAAAGAAAGCCCGUGAAAAAGACUUAAAGCCUGUAAUAUCUUUGGAUGAACUCUCUUCAUGGGCUAAACAGAAGCUUGCUCCAUACAAGCUACCAACCCGAUUAUUCUUAUGGGAAUCACUGCCUCGUAAUGCCAUGGGGAAGGUGAACAAAAAGGAAUUGAAGAAGACACUUGCUGCUGAAGAACAAUAAACCAGUUUCACCAUAUGCAACAUAUGCAAUGUAAUGUUUGUAGUCUUAUGUUGUUGCUUGCAAAUUUGGUGAUUUUGUUCGUGGUAGAAUAUUUAACUUCUAUAUAGAUAACUUUAUUGCUAGUUGUAACAAGUCUUUUAGGAGUAAUGUGGUUUUUAUGUUGGAAAUGGCAUUAGUAUUUUGGUUUAUGAAAAUGAGGUUGUAUUCUUGUAGAGAACUUUUGAGGAUAAAUUAGGUAGAGAUUAUCGAGUGUUUUGCGUGGUUGCAUUGUUUAUGGACCUUUUGGUGUAGGCCUCAUGGUAAGAGUGCCUCAAGCCAUUUAAUGUUUGAAUGCAUGUUGGUUG